ACUCACGCUGUCUAGAUAAAUUGACGUCUGUGUACCGACUCCGGCUAUGAAUAACAUUUCACGUAAAAGUUAAAUAGAAGUAGAGUUAGAAAAUUAAGCUAAAAAUGACACCUCAAUCUACCCCAGGGUUUCACUAUACAAAACAACCCCUUUUAACGCAAAAUACUACCCACGUGACAAUAACUAAUUCUAAAAAGUUGAAGAAAAACAAGUGUCAAGGUAAACAUAAAAAAAUCAAGUGUGUUAUUGUUGGAGACCAAGCAGUCGGAAAAACUUCUUUAGCUGUAUCUUACAGUAACGACAGUUUUCCUAGUGAAUAUGUUCCUACAGCUUACGACAAUUAUAACGUUCAAGUACAGGUGAACGGAAAACCUGUAAGGGUAGAGCUCUGUGAUACAGCUGGAGAGGAUGGACUCAAUCCUCUUAGGCACCUUUGCUACCCGGGCAGUGACGUCUUUAUGUUAUGUUUUUCAAUUGUAAAGCCUAAUUCUUUCAUAUCUGCAUGUACUAGAUGGGCUGACGAACUUUCUCGAUUAGGCGCGGCUGUAGUUCUUGUAGGAACCCAAGCGGAUCUUGCGACUAAUGUUGAUGUGAUUAACCGGUUGAGACAAUUCGGCCAACGACCAGUGAUGCAGUCAGAAGCUAGAGGCCUCGCCGAAAGACUAAAUGCUCCUUACAUAGAGACCUCUGCUUUGGCAUGCACUCAUUUAAAAGAAGCCUUUGAUACAGCCAUUGUGAUAGCUUUAAAAAGACAAAAAAGAAAAACGCGACCCUGGAUGAAACUGCUUUGUUGUAUUCGUUAGUUGUUAUUACGGAAUAAUUUUUUCGUUCUCUGUACAGAAUUUGUAAAGCAUGAAAAGAAUAUUUUGUGCUCGGUUAACGUCAGUAUUUUUUAUUAAAUAAGGUAUUGGCAGAAACCAAUGCUGAAAGGAAUGAAUAUUAAAGUUUCAUUUAAUUAUGUAUCUUAAUGAAAUUCGCCAAUUCAUAUUUCUAUAUGAUAAAAAAUUUGCAUUGGUUUCUUGUUUCGUAUAUAAACACCGUCUACUGAAAAUAUUUUAGUAAAAAAUGAGAUGAGAUAUUUUUUAAAUAUCCAUAUACUUAGUUUAUUCUUAUUUUUUUCGGAAUUAUUCACUACAAUCUCGGAUAAAUCUUCGAACAUCGUAUUUUUCAGAAUAGAGAUAUAGAUUCUAGGUAAUAAUGCUUACUAUUUAAAAAAAUUGAAACCUCAUUUUUUAUAUUUAAUAUCUUCUUUUUUAUAAAAUACUUGUAGUUUAUACAUUUAAAAAAGUCUCUCUCUACUUGUAAUAUGAAUUUUGACUGAUCCCUCUCUAUCGAUAUGUUACGUGGAAGAACUCAAUUUAAAUUUCAUACCAAUUCGCGAAAAUUACGAUGUGGCCGACAUCUGUUAAUUUUCUUUCAAACUUCAAUAGAGGUGAACAACAUGGCUAGAAUACGAACUAAUUGUGUUGUUUUAUAAACAAAAGUAAGUGUUAUUUGGAAUUUUAGUCAAAAUAGUCAAAUAAUAUAUCUGUUUAAAGUGCUGAGACAAAAACAAACACACAUUCAUAAGGUGCACUUCGAAAACAAUAUAAAUAUGGUAAAAAUUGUAUUGUUACAAAUGUACUUAUUGUUAAAAUCCUAUUUUAGUGGCCAAUAAAACUCUUAUGCACCUUUUUCGUAGUUUCGUCUAGAAUGUCUAGAUAUUCAAGUCCACGAACAAAUGCACUUCCAAUCUUCAACCACAUCAUUCAUAUUAAUUGUUAUCUCACGAGGCUGGGAAGCUAGACCCGACAUCUUUAGACACAAACUUUUAAUGGUUUUUGAAUUUGUUCCAUCUAGACCACAUAAUAAUAUAUGUCCCGUUUCAACCUAUUUUAACGGUCUGCUUCUGUCUCCAACAUAUUCCAUGAUGUUAAAAAAGGUUAUUUCCAUUUUUUUGUUCUAAAA